AUGGUAGCUGUAUAUCAUCUAGCAGCUUCUUCUCAUAUUUCAGAUUGGAAUUUGACCUCUUAUGGGUCACCCUCUCCCUAUGAGCGAGGAGAGGCGGCCAUGGUGCUGCCCAUCAUCCUUUGGCAUCUUACCCCGACUGCCAUUUUCAUCGUCGGCAUGGGAGCUAUCGCCGGUGCUGCGAUGUCAUCUACCGACUCUUGCCUGCUGGCAGCAACCUCCAUCUUCAUCACCAACAUCUACAAGAUCAUCAGACACCAGGCGUCAGACAGAGAGCUGCAGAGGGUGAUCCGCGUCUCCAUCGUGGUCGUAGGGAUUGUGGGAACGUCUCUCACCUACCUGGACAGCAGCAUUUUGGCAUUUUGGAUUCUGAGCUCAGACUUGACUUACACCAUAAUGCUCCCACAACUCAUCUGCGUGCUCUUCAUCAGCGUUUCCAACGGUUACGGGGCUGUUGCAGGCUAUGUUGUUGCGUUUGUGAUGAGACUGUUGUGUGGAGAGCCUGUGUUCAAUCUUCCUGUCAUUCUGAAAUUCCCAGGUUGCACUUUAGAGGACGGCGUUUACAUUCAGCGCUCUCCCAUCAAGACCAUUUGCAUGCUGUCUGCUCUGGUCUCCAUUCUGCUGAUUUCAUAUGUGGCCUCGCUGCUGUUUAACAAGGGGAUCCUUCCUGAGAGGUGGGACGUGUUUGAG